GUUAAAACUUGGUCCACGUGAACCAAAUGAACACUAAGAGUUUCUCGUAAAAAUUAUACAAAGAUAUAAUUUUUUAGAAAUAUUGAAAUGGCAAUAAAUGAGAUUACUAAGUCAGUAAACUUUGUUGUAACGAAUACGACGAACUGACGAAGCAUCGAACAACCAGACAUUGAUCGCAAAAUAAGUCAGAAUUGUUUCUGGGGUUUAUUUGAUCGUCCGAGAAGAAUUUUACUGUGUAAAAGAGCAAAAAUAAAACAAAAUAAAGAUGGGGUUCUUCGUCACAACACUAAUGUUCUUGGUGAUCGGGAUAAUCGCUGCCCUUUUUACCAGAAUUUGUUUCAACAAAGGCCCUUCUACCAAUCUGUUCCAUCAAACGUUGGUUAUGACAGCUACAGUUUGCAGUUGGAUGAUGUGGGCUAUCGUUUAUCUUGCGCAGAUGAAGCCCCUCAUUAACCCCAUACUAAAUGAAGGGGAGUAAACCGGGUCUGUGGAUCAAAUGUUACCAUUUUGCUCAAUUUCUGGGAAACUCAUUAAUAGCUAAGUGAUAGCACCCAUUUUUCAUGUGCAUUGUAUGUAAUUUUAUUAUAGGAAAUUUCAAAUAGUAGCAUUUAGUUUUCAUGAAAUGUUAAUAGUAGCAUUUUUGUAAGAUUUUUCCACAUGGUAGCAUCUAAUUUAUGCACUAUCUAACUGCCGUAGCAUUUUCCGUUAAAUUCUUGUUAAUUUCCGUUUAAUUCAUCAUUUGUAAGAUUUUUCCACAUGGUAGCAUCUAGUUUUUGCUCUCAAAUGUUUAAUUCACUAUUUUAACUUUUAACUGACCAAUUAAUUUAUCAACGCCCUUAAAUAAUGUAACAAUUAAGUAAAUAUAUAUUAGUGCUUGAAAUGCACCUUUUGAACUUAUGAAAUGCACGUUUUGAACUUAUAAAAUGUGUCUUUUCAAUUAUUUAUCAGUGUUCGUAAUGUACCUUUUGAACUUUAUAAUGCCAAUAAUUUAAAUGAAAAUAAAAUUAUUACAACAUUUAAGGGUGUUGAUAAAUUAAUCGGUGAAUUAAAUGUCAAAAUGAUGAAUUAAACAUUUGAGAGCAAAAAUCGGAUGCUACCAUGUGGAAAAAUCUUACAAAAUAAUGAAUUAAACAGAAAUUAACAAGAAUUUAACGGAAAAUGCUACGACGGUUAGAAAGUGCAUAAACUGAAUGCUACCAUGUGGAAAAAUCUUACAAAAGUGCUAUCACUGGCGUUUCAAGAAAACUGAAUGUUACCAUGCGAAAUUUCCCUUUUAUUACUGUGGAUAACAUUCCAAUUCCUUUGUUUUUUUGAUUUUAAAUCUUCCUCUGUAUUUUAUGUGUCUACUUGUUUGAAUUCUUGAAGCUUCAUUCUAGAUGAAAUAAUAAUCAAUUGGUGGAACAUACCAAUACAAUUUAUUGCAAUCAAAAACUUCUUUACUUCA